UUAUCUGGGUCACGAAGCCCGGUAGGUCACUUCUUAAACGAGAGUUGUGUGGUUUCCAUGAAGUUGUGUACACUUUCUAGUUAGCAACGAAAUUUACUGCUAGCUCUCUUUUUGGGCAACUUUAUCGAUUUCUAACUUGUCGAGCAGCUUACUUAGUAUCAUGGCUACCAUUCGGUGUCUUCCAGUAAUCUUUCUGGCCAUUUUUUGUACCACAUAUUGUGCGAAGUAUGCACCAGAAACUUUACCAAAACCUGCAGCUGGAGGUCAAACUCCCUUUUACUCCCCUGAGGAAAUGUAUCAAGACAUCUUCCCUAUUACCAAGGCAAACUUCACUGCCAAAGUGUUGAAAUCACAAGACGCAUGGAUCAUCCUUUUUCACGAUGGAACGUCGCUGAAAAGUUGGAAAACAAUGGCUGUGAAGUUGAGAGGGAUCGUUUGGGUCGGAGCUAUUCAUCGAUCAGAACAGGAAGAUUUACUUAACAUGAUCAAUUUUGACCCGAAGAAAAACCCCGCUGCCCGUGUGUAUCCUCACGGCGGUAGGAAAAUAAAGGAGCACUACUGGCAGGACGUAGACAACCCAAACACUGCAUCUGAGGUCGCCUGUGACUCCAUCCCAGAUCUUACUCGAAGCAUCGACAAGAAUUACUUGAACGAGUUCUUCGUGGAGAGCUACCGAUCAAAGCCGAGUAAAUUCCCCACACUCAUUCUUGAAACCAGUGUCAAACUCUCCCCCAUCUUCAAGCAAGCAGCUUACCGUACACAAAAAUACUUCAACUUUGGGGUCCUAUUCAACCCAACCUCAGAAGAUUUCCAAGCGAUUGGCGCCGAGGGUCUCUUUAUGGACGUCCCAGGUGUAUUAGCUCUAGUCCAAGACUCCAAGGCCAGGCGGAGUGUGGAGGAGCCGCCGCAGAUUCAUGCCCUGCCAUACAACUCACAAAACCUUGGCAAAUUAACUUACAUUCACUUGAUUCAGUUCUUGGUGGCGGUAAAUCGGGAUUAUCGUUACACUUUGAUGGGAAACAGCAUGGAUAAUAAUAAGACAAUCGUAGAAAUGGAAGACGUGUUGGCGUACGAGUCAAAACGAUUCCGCAUUCUCCGAGGGGAGGAAAUGAACAGGGUCAUGGAGGGGAAGAAGGAAAAGUUAAACGCAAAGAAGAUGAAAGAGAGAAGGAGAAAGGAGAAGCAAGAGAGUAUUGAGAUUCCGUCUGACCCAUACCUAAAAGAGGAGCUAUAACUGGAUUAUCCAUGGGCGAAAUGGCAUAAUAUUUCUGUCAUAUACUCAUUUUACUCGACUGAUACUUAAGAACUUUCAAAUACUACAGAACUUUGAAACGUUGCCGUCAUGAUUAAAUGCUCAUCUUCUAGAUAACCUGUCACAUAGAUGCGUUUGGAAACGAUGAGACAUAUGUGCUGUAACUUUCAUUCGAUCUCAUUGGUGAUGUGAAAUAUGUCGUAAUAUCACAAAAGUGAACGUGGACAACUUAUCUGAAUGGUCAGGUGUGUUCUGCUUGGGUGACCUCUGGUGACAAACAGUGUAACUGUUAAGUUGUCCAUGGUCUUCCUUGUUCACUGCCACUCAAUGUAAUCAAAGCAUACUUUCGUUCCCAGGAGGGAACAAAAGCUUCUGGUCAAAAACCUGGGCAUGCUUAACCAGUUCAUGGUAUGGAAGUUUUUUUUCCAGUUUCUGCUGACCACAGUGCUGUAAGAGUGUACUUGUAUGUUCACAGUCUGUCCUGACCUCAAGCAAUUUUUAAGACGGUCUGUUGCCCGACAGUUGUAUAUGAUGUAAACUCUUUAAAUUUGAAAUGCAUGUACACGGAUUAUUUUUAAAAAAUGAAUGGGUUAACAUCACUUGAGGAGUUGAAAGUUUAAACCCUGACAUUCAUUCCUGUAGUUAUACCUCUUUAAGGUAUCGGCAAUUUUUCCUUUAGUCCUCAUUUCGAUCAAUUUACCGCUUAUCUUGGCAAUUAUGUCUACAUCUUGAUGGAGUAUAUAAGAUAUCACCAAAAGAGGAGACGACAUAUUGACGUAUAACUUCCGUAGAUCUGGCGCUCGAGUUGUCGAUCUUCCUUUGGUGGCUUUGUGUUUGUGUUUAGACGGCAAGGUUUUCGAGGCGCUCGCCCUCUUGUUUGAUAUCUUUUUCAGGAUGCGUUGCCAUGGAAACAAAUUCUAGAAGAUAUAGGAAUGGCAUUCUGACACAAUAUGGUUCAUAUUAACCAAAGUUUUUAGUAUGGGGAAUUUUUUCGGUCUUGGUUUCCCUGAUAUACUUUUUGAAGAUAGAAACUGUGACAUUGUUAAAGGGUGACAGUAGGCAGGAACCAGAUGUAUUUUUCCCUUAGUGAGUGUGAAGAAGAUAAACAAUGUGAACCAAAUGCCUUUCAUAAUACAGGUGGUUUCCUAUUGAGGAAAAAACCAAUAAGUCUAGACAGAAAAUUGCCAAAGCCAAUUUGAGAAUUUGAUGUUUCAACAGCUUAGCAACUCGUGCCCUAGCAAUGCCAUCUAUCCUAAUUUUGAGAACUAAACUGCUGACCAAUACUUUCGUUUGUGGUGUAUAAUUGUGAACAAAGAUCACAUGUUAUGUAAUUUAAUUAAAAAUGUAUUUUUUGCUAAAAUGUUUAACGUGUAUUGAAUGUGAUACCGGUGCGAUGUCUGUUUGUGUCUAACAAAUUCUGUUUUUCAAGAGAGAACUAAUAUAUUUUUGUAAGAUAUUCAAGAAGAAUACAUUU